UGAGUAAAAAUCCACUUGACUACUAAAAUGUACUUAAAUGUCUUUUUUUUUUUUAUAAAUUUUCUUGUAAUUAUGUUCUGACAGUUCAAUGCCCACUAACCAUAGAGGCUGAACGGUAACUGAAGCCUGAAUUUAAUGCCUAGUAUGCCUUUAAUUUAUUGCUUUUGGUUGUCAUGUAUGGAAUGAAUUGUUUUUACAAUAAUAUUUAACCAAUAAGCGGUGUACGGUUACCAUAUGUUGCGUAUGAAGGUUAACGGUACAGAGAGUAUUGGCUGUUAGUUUUUCAGUGAUAUAAUAGAACAAGUCAUUCAUUUUUUCCUCUUUUUAUCACUUUUAAAAGACAUCUCGUUGGCAUACGACUUGAAUUUACUGAUCGAUGGCUUUUGGCUGCGACAAGCAUCUGAAAAUAACAGAUGGUAGAUCCCCAGACCAGGAAUCAAUUGGGUCUGGGACAAAGAGGUCCAGUGUGUCAUCUGGUGGUAGGUCUCGGAAGCAGAAGGAUUUCUUCUAUAAAUUUGUUGACAGUGACAGUCUGAAUGAAAAACUUGUAGAUUGGUUUGAAUCUGUUACAGAAAAAUAUGCAUCAAAACAGCAGGCAUUUGAUGUUCCAUUUGAGUUGAUUGAACUUCAAAAAUUUGAUUAUGCAUUAGAGGGGAUUUCAUUUCAGCAGCUGACACGCAUGCCUAAUGCUGUUCACGCUUGUACAUCUGAAGCUGUAGAAGCAACAUCUUGUCUUGCUAUUGAAGAUUUUCUACAUGCUAGUAUGAAAGGCUUGUGGGAGGCAUUUUGGAAUCAAGACCAGCCUAUGCCUUUUUCUGUGGCUUGUCUGUAUAAUGCUAACAUGAAGUUUUAUCAGGCUGAAAAUGCUAUUGCUAAUGGAAAGCUUGGAGGUCUUUGUGGCACUGGUAUAUUGCUUAAUAAUUCUAGACAUCCUCAUGGGAAAUGGGAUCAUGUCCUUGAAUUGACACUUCUAAGAACCGAUAUCAGAGGUGUAGCUGUUGGCAGUGACCGCCAGCCUUCAUUACCAGUUCUAGGAGAAGCUCUAUUUUAUGCUAUUCGAAUGCUUCUGGCAAGGAGUUUGAGUAGACUAAAUUUCUUUCUGGAUCCAAGCACAGUCUUUGUUCUUCUAGCUGAUUCUCAAUAUGGGGGAGUUGUAAAAGUUGAAGGAGAUGUAAGUAAGCUCAAUUUUGAUGUGAAUAAUGUUUAUGAAUGUGCUGCUGAAUGGGUAAAAAAUCAUUCUAGAAUUUCUGUUUCUCCAAUUUAUAGAAUCUGGAACAAGCUUGGAAAUGCAAACUGGGUAGAUAUUGGUGCUCUACAACUACUGUUCGCGACCUUUCACUGUAUUAUGCAAUAUGCUGGAAUGCCCAAGCAUUCUGUUGAGGAUUUAGCUGCUGAUCAUAGUUCACGUCUUCAAACCAGAAGAAUCGAGAGGCAGUUAGGAGAUACCAGAGUGAAUGGAAAUGGCCUAUUUCGAUACCAGCAGCGUAGUGUUUCCCCUGAGAUUGUCGAAGUUCAGGACGAUUCUGUCAAUGUUGGUUCCAAGGAGUCAAUGAAAUUAGAAGAAGGAUCCAUGUUAUGGCUGGAGGAUUCAGAAGCGCAAAAGGGUUAUCAGAUACAAGAAGUAAUCAAUACUGGUGAAUUGAAAUACUAUAUUGCAUCUUAUGUUGAAGACCCAGGAAACGAUCUGUUUCUAUAUGUGGGCUCUCAUCCCUCCCAGCUGGAACCAGCAUGGGAAGAUAUGGAUUUAUGGUAUCAGGUCCAGAGGCAGACGAAAGUAUUGACAAUAAUGAAGCAGAAAAAUCUCUCAAGCACAUAUCUACCUCAAUUGAGCGCAUUUGGUAGGAUCAUACACCCUGGUCAUUGUCGAAGGCCCAGCUCAGGUGGAAAUUGUGACCACCCUUGGUGUGGGACUCCUGCUCUUGUGACCAGCCCAAUUGGUGAAACAGUCGCUGAAAUGGUACAGACAGGCCGAUUUGGUUCAGAAGAGGCUAUCAAAUGUUGCCAUGAUUGCUUAUCAGCACUCUCAACUGCUACCUCUGCUGGACUUCGGCAUGGAGACAUCAGACCAGAGAAUGUGAUCUGUGUUAGGUCUGGAGUGAGACACCCUUAUUUUGUUCUAAUUGGGUGGGGCCAUGCUAUUCUUGAAGAUAGAGAUCGCCCUGCUAUGAAUCUUCAAUUCUCAUCUACUUACGCACUUCAGGAAGGAAAGCUAUGCUCUGCCUCUGAUGCAGAAAGCCUAGUUUAUAUGCUUUAUUAUUCAUGUGGUGGUUUAUUCCCUGAUCUAGAUUCAGUAGAGGGAGCACUACAAUGGAGAGAGACGUCUUGGUCAAGGAGAUUGAUUCAGCAGAGACUUGGUGAUAUUUCCACUGUGCUGAAAGCUUUUGCUGACUAUGUCGACAGUCUGUGCGGGACGCCAUAUCCCAUGAACUAUGACAUAUGGCUGAGAAGGUUGGGGCGAAAUAUUCAUGAAGAUGAUCAUGGAAAGGAAAUUGAUAGAACAUGCUAGGAUUUCCAACUGGGUCCAAUUCCUGAAAUGAAAACUCUAUCAUCUUAAUGCCUUUCUCAUUGCAAUUGUUGGACUUUUGGGCGGUGAAUAAAAAGUGGAAGUCAACAGUUUACUAUCUGAUGCUCGUGCAUUUGUAUUCCUUGAAAGAUUAGAUAGGGGAAUGGUUGGUGUAUUUCAUGAAACAAACAUACCAUAAUUGCUCUUGUUGGUGCAGGUUGGGCUGCUUUUUCUUUAAACCUCAUUGGUGGCAUCUUUCGGCAUGUGAAGAAUAGAGUCGUUCCUUUUUGAGGAGCCAAUACAUGAGUUUUAGCAGUUUUCUUUCCAUUUCAUUGUUCUUAUGAUGAGUUCCUUGUCAAAGUAAGUUGUAUUUAUUACAGCAUUCGUUUGUAAAGAUAAUAGGCCGUCUAGCAUACCCUGGAGUUCAUGCAACUGCACAGGGUAUAUAAUCUUAUUCUGUAAAUGCCUUAUUUUUAUUGUGUUCCUUGGAGUAUCUCUUUCAAUGUUAGAAAUUGACCUGUCCAAUUCGUUCCCA